AUGAAUAACAACAACAUGUAUCAAUUUUGCAGAGUCAAUUGGCCAAAAGGACUUAAAUCAUUCAAAUCAAAAACUAUUCGUUUAAGUUAAGAUGUUGUUACAUUUCUUAAAGAAGAUGGCAUUUUUCUAAAUGAUGCUUGGAAAAAACCUCCUCUCCAAGAUAAUGGAACAAAGAGGUUUCAUGAAUUAGAAUAAAUUAUCAAUCAAAUUUUGGAUGAUUAUGAUAAUGUCUUCAUUAAAUUAAAUUGGAGGGCUCCUCUUGAUUGUUAAAAUACAUUUUAAGAUAUGUGCUUUUCAGAUAUGUAUGACAUUAUGAUGGCUCUAAAAUAUUCUGGAAUUAUUAUGGAAAUGAUAGAGGAUUAUGAUGAAUUUGUAAUUGAUCAAAAUCAUCCUGAUAAAUGCUAAAUCGUCGAUUAACCCUCAAAAGGAUAUUUAUUAGAAUUAAGAAAAUAUUAUAAACUCAGACCUAAUUCGGAAUUUAGAUGUUUUAUUAAAUAGAAAAAACUCAUAGCCAUCUCUUAAAAAAAUCUAUACUUAAUUACAGAGGAUGAGAGUGUUAAAGAUAAAAUUCAAAAUUAUUUCAAUAAAAUAGUUGAUUUAAUUGAUAUCGAUAGUUAUGUUUUAGAUGUUUAUAUUGACAUUCCACCUAAAGAAAAUAUUAUUUUAGUUGAUUUUAAUCCUUGGUAAGAACAUACAAGGCCAAAAUUAUUCACCUACGAGGAGUUGGAAAAUAUGGAAGAAUGUUAACUAAGAUUAGUAAACAAUAAGGAGAUGAUAAUUUAAGAAGAUUAUAGUGGAUAUAGAGAAUCCUUAGAUUUAGAAACUUUAAUUUAAUAAUAAUAGUAAGAAUAAUAAUUGUAAUAAUAAUAAUAAUAACAAUAAUAGGAGGGGUAAUAAUAAUAGUGA